CAAACAGCCAAGUCUCAAGUUGGUUUAUUAUUUUAAUUGAAGAGUUUAUAGCUUACAUAAAUCUGCUAUAAUGUCAGCAGUAGAAGAACAGGACGGAACCCCUGAUGUGUUGGAGGAGACGGGAGCUCUGGAGGCCGACGUCGGGGCUCGAUUCGAUUACCAACUUAGUAACAUCGACCCACGGCUAAAGAUCGACAUGGACCCGCUGGCACACAGAGAUUUCCGCCCCGAAAUGAUGUUCAUACGAGAUGAGCUGCGUCAGGCCAAGUUUCAGGCCCUUGCCGUACGCCGCAUGGCUCUCAAGAAGUUGCUGCUGCAAGACUUCAUCCGCGAGGACUGCGAGCUGCGGAACCUCGGGCUGGCGUACGCGCCGGCCGAUGCCUAGCCAGCAACCCAGA